CCUUUUGAAGACUUUCUCAAAACAUGCUGCUUUCUAAGACUUUCAAAAGACAAUGAGACAGUGUGUGUGUGUGUGUGUGUGUGUGUGUGUGUGUAAAGAAACACGUGUUCUGACUCAAUCUUGAGAAACCGAAUCUUGUUUGACAUUUCGUUACACACUUCAAAGUGCAACAGUGACUCACACCGCACUGUGAAUGUGUGCUGCAAUGCAUCAUGGGAACUGCAUCACCUGGAAGACGAUCUCGGUCUGUGUGCUCGAUCGAGAGGAGUACAAUAAACAGUGCAGCUUUUAUUUAGUGCUCGAGACGCCACAGUGGAAGAGGAGAGGACACACAGAACACAGAGAGGAAGUGAAGGAUGUGGAAAAGGAAGAGGCGGAGCCUCUAACAGGAGAGGAUGAAGAGGAGCGGCGCAUCGCGGAGAUGGGCAAACCCAUGCUGGGUGAACAUGUCAAACUGGAGAUCAUCAUUGAAGAGUCCUACGAGUUCAAGAACACUGUUGAUAAACUGAUUAAGAAGACGAACUUGGCGCUGCUGGUCGGCACAAACAGCUGGAGAGAUCAGUUCAUCGAGGCCAUCACAGUCAGUGCCGGUGAGGAUGAUGAUGAUGAAGAAUGCGGGGAGGAGAAGCUCCCAUCCUGUUUCGAUUAUGUCAUGCACUUCCUCACUGUGUUCUGGAAGGUUCUGUUCGCCUUUGUCCCGCCCACUGAUUACUGGAACGGGUGGGCGUGUUUUGUUGUAUCAAUCAUCAUGAUUGGCGUGCUGACAGCAUUUAUCGGAGACCUGGCGUCUCACUUCGGCUGCACCGUGGGACUGAAGGACUCUGUCACUGCCGUGGUGUUCGUCGCUCUCGGCACCUCCGUACCAGACACCUUCGCCAGUAAAGUGGCUGCGAUCCAGGACCAGUAUGCUGAUGCGUCUAUCGGGAACGUGACGGGCAGCAAUGCGGUGAAUGUGUUCCUGGGCAUCGGUGUGGCAUGGUCCAUCGCCGCCAUCUACCACCAAUCGAGAGGGCGUGAAUUUCGUGUGGAGCCAGGCAGCCUGGCCUUCUCAGUCACACUCUUCACCAUCUUCGCCUUCAUCUGCGUGGCUACGCUCAUGUACCGGCGCCGACCCGACAUCGGUGGAGAGCUGGGAGGCCCGAGGACUGCCAAAGUGCUCACAACCAUGCUCUUUGUCAGCUUGUGGCUGAUCUACAUCUUGUUCUCCUCACUCGAGGCUUACUGCCACAUUAAGGGCUUCUAAACACACACACACACAUGCGCAUGGAACCACACGCACACACACGCAUACCAACACACUGAUGUCCAUAUGAAGAUGCGUACGCUCACACAUUGUCACAUAUACACACACACAGGUUAUGAAGAAGGAUGGGUGCUAACAUGAAGGAAGCUACAUCAGACAGGACGUGGAUAAUUUAUUUUAUUUUCCCCAUUUCAGAGUAUAGAUAGCUAACGCACAGGAAAAUGACAACAAAAGAAUAAAGAUGAAUGAAUGAGGGGCUAGUAACAGCAGAACUUUGCUAACCUCUGCUAAUAAGUUUUAGUUCUUUUUGUUUCUUUUUUGUCGUGAUACAACAACUGAGGAAUGACUGAAAUCAAAUGAGAAAGAAAUGAGCUAUAACAUGCUGUAAAAUGUCCAAUUUUAUUUAUUUCCUCUCUGCCACUUCACGCUCCUCUUUCAGUGCCUCAGGCUGAAAGACUUAAUCUGAUUGGACGCUUGUUGGCCGGUCAAAGAUCCCCAAUUGGCUGUGAAGAGAGGGUGUGAUUUUGCAGAGAAUAAUAUGUAAAAAAUAAUAUGAAACUUGACAACCUUGAUGACAAGCCAGUACUAAAACACUUUACGUCGUACAUUAGCCCAGGUUUCAGGAAAUGCUGGAUUUGAGAGAACGGAAUUCUGGGUAGUGUAGUUCUGAUGACUGUAUUUAAUGAAACAUGCACUAUUCCCCUC